CCAGCUGUGGCUCCACCUUAAUGUCAUCAGUUUGUUAAGGCAAGCAUUGAGCUCGAGAGGGGAGCCUUGUGAAAAACAGCGCAUUUGACACAUUAAUUGUAUUAAACUGCCUUUAACAGCAAGCCACAGACACUAGAUAUUGUUUAAGGUGCGGAUAUAAGAAAAACAGCAACGUAACUGUCAAGAAGACCUUAAGCUUAACAUUCCAUCCGCUGCUAUCCGGGUCCGAGUGCUACUUUGAUCUUCUGCUUGGGUUUUGGCGUCAAAACGUCGCAAACAAAGAUGGCUACAGUGGACUCGCGGUUCAGUCACAAGGACACGUCGGAUCAAAACUUCGACUACAUGUUCAAGCUACUGAUCAUUGGGAACAGCAGUGUGGGGAAGACCAGCUUCCUGUUCCGCUACGCUGACGACUCCUUCAGCAACUCCUUCGUCAGCACCGUGGGUAUCGACUUCAAGGUGAAGACUGUGUACCGCAAUGACAAGAGGGUCAAGCUGCAGAUCUGGGAUACUGCUGGACAGGAGCGCUACAGGACCAUCACCACUGCCUACUACCGGGGCGCUAUGGGGUUCAUUCUAAUGUACGACAUCUGCAACGAAGAGUCUUUCAACGCUGUGCAGGACUGGGCGACCCAGAUCAAGACAUACUCCUGGGACAACGCACAGGUGAUCCUGGUGGGAAACAAGUGUGACAUGGAAGAUGAGAGGCUGGUCCCAGCCGAGAAGGGGAGAAGCCUUGCAGACCAGCUGGGGUUUGAGUAUUUCGAGGCCAGUGCCAGAGAGAACAUCAAUGUGAAGCAGGUCUUCGAGAGGCUGGUGGACAUCAUCUGUGUGAAGAUGUCCGAGAGCGUGGACACGGACCCUUCGAUGGUCAGCGGAGCCAAGAACACCCGGCUGACCGACAACCCUCCGCCCCUGCAGCAGAACUGCUCCUGCUAGUGCCCUCUCCCCAGCCUUUAACCUCUGACCCGUAACAAUGUUGUUUACCUUUUUUUGGGGUGGAAAGAGGGGGUUGGGACAUCUCUGAAAGUUCAAAGAGAAAAAAAAUCACACUUUAUCUUAAGGGUCCUUUAUAAAUGAUUUAUAAAAUAUACAAAAAUAUAACUCCUUGUACCUAGAAUCUUACUUCUGUAAGAUAUUUGUCCAUGGUUAGUCACCUGGGGUAUGUUUAUAUAUAUUUAACCUCUUUGCAUCCACCAUGAUAACACAAUGGUACCAUAGUACUGUUAUAGAUUACUGGUAUUGCUUAUUGAUACCUCUGUGACGCCAGUGGUACUGUAUGUUAAUAUGUGAAAAUGUUACCACUGCGGCACCGUUCUACCAAUAGCUCAUCCCAUAGAACUAUUGCAUGGCAACUCUACAGCGAUCCUGAUCCCUAAUUCAAUUCCACAUAUGUUAUUGUAUUUUUGAUUAGAAGAAGGUCGUCAGGGGAUGGUGGGGAAGGGAUUUUCAUUUCAAAUCCACAUUUCAGCUCAAAAACAUGAUUGGCUGACUGGAGAAGCACAAAGGUCAUUGGAAACCAAAGGGUUUUAUUAGCUUCUAAUAAUUACCCAGAAGAGAAACGCUCCCUUCUCAUUGCACUUCCGCCAUCAAUAAGUAAUUCCUGGUGAGGCGUAGCGAAGCAGAACGAUGCUUCUCCACAAUGCUGUGUUAAUUAGUUCCCAUCUGUUACUCACAAAGCAGUUCAUUUGCAGUACAAAGCAGCAUGCUCAACUUUCAUACAGGGCUCUUAAGCUAAGCGUGUGCUGAGGUUUUUAUAACUAGCAUUCUUAAGGGAUUGUUAAAAAAAGCAUGUAUUUAUUUAUUUAUUUAUCUAUCAAUCAAAUCUAUUGAAGGCUGUGUGCCUGUGAAAUACGGCUGGUUGCACAGACCUUGAUGAGCACUAAUCUCAGACAAACUAAUGUUACCUCAGUAAGGAUGUCCAAGAUUAGUGGUAUUCAGGAUCUGUGAAAGCAGAUGAUAAAGAUCCCUAUUCAAAAAGCUUUAACCAAUGGUUUGAAGAAUAAAACAGUAAGCAAUGUCAAAUUGUAAUUGUUUUCUGACAUUUUGUUUUUUUCUGAUCAUUCUCAAUCUUGCUUUCAGUUUAUUUUUGUAUCUUUCUUUGAGCUUGCGUGAGAAUCUUAACUGGCGACAGUUCACUCCCUCAUCCCAUAACUGUCUAUUGAAAUGACAUUUAGAAUGCUGUAGAACACUUUCAUGAACUGUAAUUCAUCAAAACAAAAACAACAAAAGUAUUUAAAUAGGGGCCCAAAGACACGGUGAAAAUGUAGUUGACUGUCAAUCACCAAGAUGUUUGUGGUUUCUUAAAACAAAUGGCUACAUAUUUUGUUGGCUUAGUUCAGGGGACCACAUAUACAGAUAUUACUGUACUUAUAUACUACAUUUACAGCUGUAUAAUGUAGAUUCUGUAACAGUAACUUGGCAGUCGUAACCAUGUAACCACUAAAAUAAUGUAACCACUAAAAUAAUUAUUAUAGCUAAUUUUCAGAGGGGCGAUGAAAAUACAACAGCAAAACAGCUGAAUAUUGAUGAAGAGCACUAUCCCAAAUGUUUGUCUACUUCAUUUUUAGUUUUACCUCAGAAUGAAAUUGACUGAGUAUAGUUUUCACAACCAUAGCUUUAAAAGCUAUCCCUGUUCCAUGGUGUGAAGAGACGGUUGGGUGGGUUUAUUUCUUUGUUGUUUACAGUAAUGUUAAUCGUAUAAUAUAAUGAAAAAUUAUGUGGCGUAAAAAUGUACUCUUUAGACAUUACGUCAGCGUCUAUAUUUUAAAGCUUGAAACACUGCCACUGGCAAUUCUUAUUCACAGUCUACAUGUUGUAAUGUAUCUUAAGAAAUACAUGGAAUGUGUGUUUGAAUGCUUGGAAUUGUUAAUGGUUAUUGUUUUUAAUGUCUUUUUGUUAUUAGACAGAGAGACCAAUCAUUUCAGUCAGCUUACAACUAAACUGAAUAAAAGAGAAAAUGAUCUGUCUUGAAGACUAACUUGGUAUAGGUAUGAAGCAUAGCAUAAUGUGUUCUUGUUCUGGUUUAGAAUCAUUUUGUAUGUAAUUUCCUGUUUCAGUGCCUCUGUGGCCUCUGUAGAGCUCUCAAACAUGUCUUCUCUCUAAGUACAGCUGGUACACUGGAAUGUAACCAUUAACCUGUCCCCCAGAAACACCUGGUGGAUGUAAGAAGUACCACAUUUGUUCUAUGUGGCAUUUCUCAGUGAUGUGUUUCAUAGAUCCUCGCGCAGCAGCGUGUUGCACUCUGGUAUACCAGCUGUACUUAGAGUGGAGACAUAUUUGGGAGCUCUAUGAGUGCUUUUAAAAUACUGAGUUUUACAUGACUGAAAAAGAAAGUAUAUACAAAGUGACUAAGCAAGAAGAUAAAUACAUUCAUUGUCAAAAUUUUUCAGUUGUAUCUGAAAACCCAUGCUCUUUAAAUCUACCAGACUAAAAACCCUGGACCAUUCUGCCAAUAGUCAUGGUAUGGGCUAACAAAUAAUCGUAUGUCAUUUAGACCAAUUCAGAUCUAUCAAAAUCAGAUGUUUAAACACCUUGGAUAAAUGAGGAAAUGAGGAACAGUUUGAAACAUAUCAUUAGGAUACUAAUAUAAUACCCAUGUAUUACUCUGAAGAAACCCUAGCAGUACCACAGCAGACCACAUCUUUACCAGCAAUAGCAACUCAAUGGAUUUGUAACGAGUAUUAAAUAGUGUUCCUGAUGGACUAGCAUACUGUCAGGUACUGAUAGUCUACCAUGGACCUGGCAUAUGCAUUGUUUGUUUAUUCCUUUGUGAUGCCAUUGGUGUGUCAAAAUGUAAUACCACUCAUACCACUGCAGCUGCCCAUGUGGCGACCGUUAGCACAGAAAGACUGCAUUGCCAUUGUGGUGCCAUCUUCAGCUUCAUUGCCAUUGAGGAGUAUUUGAUGAGGGUAUAGGGUGAGCUGGAGUCUCUGACACAAUCCUUUUUCGAACAGCUAUGCCACCAGCCUUUCGCAGAAACUUUUGUAUAUACUUUGUUUUGUGAAACCCGCAAUUACAUUUCCUAAUAAGCUGUUUUUGAAUAUCCAGUCUCUAGUUUCGUCCUUGGAUUUGUGUAUGUUGUGGGACUAUGUUCACACUUAUAGGAAUACUGCAAUGCGUACUUCUCAGGCUCAGGGCAGGGUGGUGUUGUUCAGCAUUUUCAUCAGAUUGGAGGAGGAUGGUGAUUAAACUGCCUCCUAUAGGUCAGGCUUCUUAUAUGGCGAUGCAGGAUAGCUCACAUUGCCACUGCUGGCUGCCUCUGGUGUUUGUAUAAUUUGAGAAGAAUUCAGUCUCCAGUACUGCCUGUCCAGCAUCUUUUGAAGUUAGGGUCCUGUUUUGAAACAGACUUUCCCAGAGGAUCAAAAACAGUUUUAACAAAAUAAAUCUAACAGGAAACAACUUAGAACAGUUCAAUUAUUUGUUUAGUGCUAGAUUUGUACCGAUUCUAGAAUGAAAAUGAAAACUAAUCUUCUCGAGUUAAACCUGUUGCUUCAACGAAGUAUACAGUGCAAUAUUUCAAAGGGUUUAUAAAAAAGAAGAGCUUGUUAAAAGUGUAGCAUGAUUAGUUUAAGAAAAAAAAAAUAUAUAUAUAUGUAUAUAUAAUAUAUAAAUAAAUAACAAAACUCCUGGGUGGAGAAUUGAAUGGAUUUGUGUCAUGUCUGCUAAUUCCAAAACAAAUGACCUCUUACCAGAGGGACUUAAAUGGGCCAAUAUGUGCAAUAUUAUAAUGUGUGUGUGUGUGUUCACUUGCCUGUGAAUGGGAUAGUAGUUAAUCUUGUGCUCAGUGUGUGCUCAAUUUCAUUUGUCUAAUUUGCAUUAGUUUAAAUCC